AUGAUGUGUAUAUCGGCUAGGUAUUUCGCCGCCGUGGUACCACCCUUGUUCCUUUUUUUGUGGAUGUUACAGAAAUUCUACCUACGCACAUCGCGCCAGAUGCGACUCCUAGAUCUCGAGGCCAAGUCCCCGCUAUUCUCUCAAUUUAUUGAGACCCUUUCUGGCCUGGUAACAAUUCGUGCCUUUGGUUGGGCCUCCGCAUUCGAAGCCCAGAACCUGGCACUACUUGACGCGUCGCAGAAACCAUUUUAUUUGCUUUUUUGCAUUCAAAGAUGGCUGGAUAUAGCCUUCGAUCUGUCUGUGGCUAUUCUUGGUGCUAUCUUGAUGGUUCUCGUCGUAAAGUUGCGAAGUGAGGUUAGCACUGGAUAUGUUGGUCUCGCCAUUCUUAAUGUUAUCACUUUCAGCCAGUCACUUUCGCAGAUCUUACGAAAUUGGGCCGAGCUCGAAACUUCCAUUGGGGCUAUCGCUCGAACUAAAGCUUUUGUUACUCAUACUGCCUCUGAAAACAAGCCAGGCGAGAACGAGGGGCCCCAAGCUAGGGAUAUUGAUUUGUCCCUCUGGCCAUCUCAUGGCGCGAUUGAGUUUCAUGAUGUUUAUGCAUCUUACGAGGUGGGAGAAGAACAAACAUAUGUCUUUCGCAAUUUGAGUCUAUCAAUCCAGCCUGGGCAAAAGAUUGGAAUAUGUGGCCGCAGUGGUAGCGGCAAAAGCUCACUCCUGGCCACGCUAUUUCGACUGCUGGAGAUUGGACCCCAAAGCCGAAUUUUGAUUGACGGCGUGGACAUUGCACACAUUCCACGGCAGACUACACGUGCCGCUCUGAACGCAAUUCCACAAGAGUCUUUUUUCACCCAUGGCACUAUUCGUGCCAAUAUCGAUCCAUCCAAUACCAAUGGCAUUGAAGACAUUAAGCAAGCCCUUCGCCGUGUUGAACUGUUGGACGUUGUUGAGAUGAAAGGCGGAUUUGACGCCGCUUUAGAUGCCAAUUUUUUCUCUCAUGGUCAAAGACAACUCUUUUGUCUUGCACGAGCACUAUUACGCAAAAGCAAAAUCGUGAUUCUCGACGAAAUUUCUAGCAAUGUGGACCUUAUCUCCGACGCAUUGAUACAGCGGGUUAUUCGGGAAGAUUUUGCGGACUGCACGAUCUUGGCUGUUGCCCAUCGGCUUGAUACUAUCCUUGACUUUGACCGUAUUGCUAUGAUACAUAAUGGCGAGCUGAUCGAAUUUGAUAGGCCAGAAGUACUGCUUAGCAUGGACAGUGCGUUCAAAAGGCUUUACGAGUCAUGA